GAGAGACACGGACUUCUAAAUCAAACUCUCACAGAUUCACAGGAUACCCACUGAUCGAUAAUGACAUGUGAACAUUAAUAAUGGAAAAGUAGUUUCUGAUCUAUGAAAAGCGACUUAACACACUUUGAGAGCGGAUGUUUUGGACUCGCUCGUGACGUCUGUGACGAGAGCGUUCCUCUGUAGAUGUGUGUGUGUGUGUGUGUGUGCGUGAAACUGUGUGUUCGUGACUCUUCCUCCGAGAUGAAGAUCGAGUUUGCUCCUCUGUAUGUUCCUCUGCGCAGGCGUCUGCAGACAGUUGCAGUUGUCCAGUGGGUCUUCAGCUUUCUGGCUCUGGCUCAGGUCAGUCUGGCGGCAUUUGUGCUCUUGUGUGUCAGUGAUUGGUGGAUUCUGGGAGUGCUUUAUGCUGGUUGGCUGUACCUGGACUGGGACACGCCCUCAUGCGGAGGUCGGAGGUCAGCGUGGGUCAAGAGUUGGCGAGUCUGGACGUAUUUCAACGAUUAUUUUCCCAUCACAUUGAUAAAAACAGUGGAUUUGGAUUCUCGUCAUAAUUAUCUGUUCGGGUUUCAUCCGCAUGGCGUUCUGGUGGCAGGUGGAUUUGGGAGUUUCUGUACGGAAGUGUCGGGAUUCUCCCAGAUGUUCCCUGGACUGACGCCGUACCUGCUGAUGCUUCCCUUCUGGUUCAAAAUUCCGUUCUUCAGAGACUACAUCAUGUGCGGAGGGUUGGUGUCGAGUGAGAAGGCUAGUGCAAGUUACUUGCUGAGUCGUCCAGGUGGAGGUCAGGUGGCCGUGCUGGCGGUGGGCGGAGCUCCGGAAUCUCUGGAUGCGCGCCCAGGAGCGCUAACACUACAGCUACGACAGCGGAAAGGAUUCGUUAAACUCGCCCUCAAACACGGUGCGUGGUUGGUUCCUGUGUUCUCGUUUGGGGAGAACGAGCUCUUCGAUCAGAUGGAGAAUCCUGCUGGCUCCACCCUCCGCAGUGUUCAGGAACGCCUCCAGAGUAUUAUGGGCGUGGCUUUGCCUCUCUUUCACGCCAGAGGGGUGUUUCAGUACAGCUUUGGGCUGCUGCCAUACAGGAAACCCAUUCACACUGUGGUCGGACAUCCCAUUCCUGUGACUCAGACUCCGUGCCCCACUAAAGAAGACAUUGAUGCUCUUCACUCUUCAUAUAUGGAGGGUCUGACGCAGCUGUUUGAGCAGAAUAAACUGAACUACGGCAUCCCAGAAGACAAACACCUCAUCUUUACAUGAACUCUCAUAAAGUGCAUCUCUAAAUGAACAACCAAUCAGGCUUUUAUUAGCACACAUAUAUCUUAAUUAGUCAAAAGUUUGAUUCAAGCAUGGUAGAAUAAUAAAGACGUUAAAUAUAUUUGGGAUAUAUAUAUAUAUAGACUAAAUAGUGUUUCAAUUUUGUAUUGGGUCCAAUAUAUAAAUAUGCAUUGGUUUAAUCCAGAAAUGUGAAAUAAUUGUUGCCUAAUCCACUCUGCUGUAUACGACAAUAGGAUAAUAAAUCAAUAAUAUGUUCCGUCUUCUCCCCACGGAAAGGGCAACCCAGUGUACAAAAGGAUAUUACUCAGGUUUUUCUUGGUUCACUUUUGUUUGUUUAUUUUUCUCA